AGGUGCUCCCAUGAUGCCCCGCGCGCCCUUGGAGCGGAGUGACAAGAUGGCGGCAUCAGGAAAAGGUCCGGCGAUGGACCCUUGGCGAAUCUUCCCCGAAGUCUCUCCGGAGGAGAUGCGAGCCGCGGCCGAGCGCCAGGCUAUCAAGGGGAAACUCCGGGCCGCCAUGCAGCAGAAACUUCGGGACCCGUACGCCGUCGGCAACUUCGAAGACCCAGCGUUACAACGUUGGUACUACGUCAGGAAUUAAGGUUCUUAAC